CUCCUCCCUUCCCUCCACAUUCCUUUCUCUACUAUUGGCGGCAAAUAGCAACUACAAACAUCAUGCAAAGUAUAUACCCGCACCCACCGGCGCUUCCUCCUACUCCCCCAAAGGUCGUGCUCAAUAUCAAAUGCAGAAAUCUGGCCAACAGAGAUAUCAUGAGUUUUAGCGAUCCCCAGGUGUUCCUCUUUCUGUUUGAUGACCGCACUGAUACCUGGUGCUCAAGGCCCCACGCAAUGACUGAGCGCAUCAAGGAUAACCUGAACCCGGUCUUCGUGAACGGGCUUGAGGUCGAAUACCGAUUCGAGAUGAUUCAGCGACUGAAGUUCGUUGUGUACGAUAUCGAUGACAAGCACAGUGGUAAUUGGUCGGAUCAAGACUUCUUGGGUGAGGUUACCACGGACAUGGGAUCUAUUAUUGGAUCCCGUGGUAGCCAAGCAGUGCUCCAGCUUCAGCAUCCAAAACGCAAGACGACUGCGUUAGGCCAGAUUAUUGUCUAUGCUGAAGAGUUGAAGAGCUCAAAACGGACGAUCAAUUUCGGAAUAAGAGCUCUGGACCUGACAAAGAAAGGUCUGUUCAAAUCGAGGCCUACAGCGUUCUUCACCAUCUAUCGCGACGAUGGAAACACGGGUUUUUUGCCGGUAUACAGGUCCAAGGCGAUCCAGUCUGAAGACGAUCCGAUCUGGAAGGAAUUUUCGAUCAAGGAGAGCUUUCUCUGUAACGGAGAUCCACACCGUAAGCUGAAGAUUGAGAUCAAGAACAGCAAGGGCAAUGGAGUUGAGACAGUAAUCGGUACCACAGCUGUGUUCACAUUGAAUGAAUUGAGCCAACGGCCGUUUCCACACUCGAUGGCGAUUCCACCGAUGACGGGCACGUCGGCUCUGAUUAUCCAGAAGUUCACUGUGACCGAGCCGCCUUCGUUCACAGAUUUUAUUGCCGGCGGAGGUACUAUCGGACUCUGCGUUGCAGUCGACUUUACAGCGAGCAAUGGACCAUACAAUAAGCCGGGAUCGCUACACUUCAGGAGCCCGAACGGCGAGAACGGGUACACGCAAGCGAUUCGCAGCGUCGGUAACAUUCUGCAGUGCUAUGAUACAGAUAAAAAGUUUCCAGUCUACGGAUUCGGAGGGUCUAUCAAUGGACAGGUUAGCCAUGCUUUCCCUUUGAACGGCAACCCAACAUGUCCGGAGGUGUAUGGGGUCGAAGGCAUCCUGUCCGCGUACUGGAACGCGCAGUCGUUUGUGGAGUUGCAUGGUCCUACGAACUUUGCGCCUGUCAUUAUGGAGGCAACAAAUAUUGCAAUGCAGAGCGAACCUUAUGGAUACACGAUCCUCCUGAUCCUGACAGAUGGUGCCAUUAGUGACAUGUGAGAAGGACUGAAAUGUUGUUGCUCUAAUAUGAUCGGGUAUGCCUUUACACGACGCGUCCAUCCAUAACACUCUUUACUUGAAACAGGGACG